AUUUGGACUACUUUUCACAGUUAAGUCCCCUUACUGUUUAUGAUGGCUGUCCUAAUUGCCUUUUGUCUUUCCAUAGCUUUUCUUGUUCGGACAAGUACGUCACUGUCCUGUUUCAGUGAAACCUGUAUUCCACCCAUGGUAUGCAAGGUAGAGUUUUCACAUGGAUACCCACACGGUGGAAGCUGCGACCAACAGCAUCAGCAUGGACAUCAUCCCAUAUGUGAAAAUUCAUUUCCUGACCAUGGACAUUGCCAUUGUGAUGAUCAAUCCUGUAUGAGCCGUGUUUAUGCGUUGACGACUCCAAGUCUCAUUCCCGUCACAACAGCUGUACCUACAGUUACAACUUCAACAACUCAAGCACCCGUUGUAACCUCCUGUAUGGAUAAUGAGGAUGCAUCUUUCAAUUGUAAGACAUAUCAAGAUAAUUAUGCCAUGUGUCAAGCCACGACAGGAACACUGAAGACAAUAGCAAGCAACAGGUGUCAGAAAUAUUGUGGUUUGUGUGGAUCUAAUACAGCACCACCUGCACCAAGUACUACAGCUUCAACUGCACAAACAACGUGUAUUGACCAUGAGGUGAAGUGUAGUGACCAAGCAUACAUAAAUAUUAUAUGUGCAUCGUCACACCAAGCAACGAAAGAUUACGCAAUAGCCAUUUGUCCAAAGUCUUGCAACUUAUGCACUGAACAUUUUGCAUCUAUCAAUCCAGGUUUUGGGAAAUAAAAUAAGG